AUGGCCGUCAAGAUUCUCUUUUUCGCAAGGAGUCGUGAGCUUGCCGGCGUAUCGGAGACCUCGGUAGCCGUCCAGGCGGCUGACACCACAGAGAGCCUCCUGAGUCAUCUCCUAGAACAGUUUCCUGCGCUCAAGGAGCUAGAUGGACGCUUUGUGUUCAGCCUCAACCACGAGUACCUCGAACGUGGAUCAGUUGUGCCGCUGAAGGCUGGGGACGAGGUGGCCAUCAUCCCUCCCAUUAGCGGGGGCUGA